AUGGCCGACGAUACGGCUACCUCAGAGCAGGCUCCCAUUACCUUCACUGUCAAGUCAUCCACUGAUGCCAAAUACACCAUGACCCUUCCUCUUAGUACUCUGGUAUCAGAUCUCAAGCAGAAGCUCUCAAGCCCCGAAAAUGCCGAUACCCCUGCAGAACGUCAGCGAUUGAUCUACUCGGGCAGGGUUUUGAAAGAUCAUGAGACACUGGAGAGCUACAAGAUCAAAGAUGGCCACACUAUCCAUCUAGUAAAGAGUGCUGCAAGCAAUCAGCAGCGCCAGAACACAACUGCUCAACCCAGCUCAGCCACUGCGGCAGCUGGGGCAACCCCAAGCCCGGCGGCAGCUGGUGUGCCAACCAAUCUUGCUGCUGGUACUGGCAACAAUCCACUUGCUGGCUUGACUGGUGCAAGAUAUGCUGGGUUUGCACAACUUCCUGGGGCGGGUCUUUUUGGCCCUGAUGGCGGGAUGGGUCCUCCUCCAGAUACUGAGUCGAUGCUCAACAUGCUCGAGAAUCCUCAGUUCCAAUCAACCAUCAACGAAGCCCUGCAAAACCCCGCUAUGAUCGACAUGAUGCUCCAGCAGAAUCCCAUGCUUCGCGACAUGGGGCCCGGAGUCCGGCAGAUGAUGGAAAGCCCAGAGUUCCGCCGCAUGUUGACCGAUCCGAGCUCGAUUCGGCAGAUGAUGCAAAUGCAACGAGCAAUGGGAAUGGGUGGCGGCGGACUUGGUGGUGAUAAUGCAUUCCCCGCCCCAGGAGUGACAAACACGACUGCCGAGGGAACCCAAGGAUCCGAGCAACAAAAUGCGCAAGCAAACCCUUUCGGGCAGAUGCCUCAAAAUCCAUUUGGAAACGCAAAUCCUUUCGGUGCCCUCUUCGGAGCUAACCCAUUCACAAACGCGGCCCAGCCUUCUGCUACCCCGGGCGCUACUCAACCCGGUGGUGCACAAGGCGCUGACUCUACAGACCGUUCAACAUCUGCUGAGGGACAAAAUUCUCAAGCUCCUCAGAACCCUUUCGCAUCUCUCCUGAACCCGGCUAUGUUCGGCAAUGCUGGACAAGCUGGUCAGGGUGGCAUGAACCCGUUCAAUCCUCAGCAAAACCCAUUCUUGCGUGACCCUGCAUUACUUUCCCAGAUGAUGCAGGGAAUGGGUGGACAGGGCGCAGAAGGUGGAGCCGCCGGCGCAAACCCACUGGCUGCUCUAUUUGGAGGUGGCGGUCUCGGUGGUUUCGGAGCCCCACCACAGCCGGCAGACACCCGUCCUCCGGAGGAGAGAUACGCCGACCAGUUGCGACAGUUGAACGAUAUGGGAUUCUUUGAGUUCGAGCGAAACAUUGAAGCCCUGCGUCGCGCAGGCGGCAGUGUUCAAGGAGCGGUGGAGUACCUCCUCACCCACCCAUGA